GCUAGGCGCGCGGGUUCCCGCGCGGCGGUGGCACGGGACCCGGAGCAGUACAAGCGGGCGGGUGACCUUGGACCCAGCUGGAGAAUGGCAAACUCAAUGCAGGGCGACAGGGGCCUCCCCAGCGCAGAGCUCUGGGCCUCCCAUAACAGGAUGGUAAUGGAGCCACUCGACAGCAACGACCCAGAGGUGCACAGCAUCAUCAAGAAGGAGAAACAGCGGCAGAGACUGGGGCUGGAGUUAAUUGCGUCAGAGAACUUUGCAAGCCGAGCAGUCCUGGAGGCCCUGGGAUCCUGCAUGAACAACAAAUACUCCGAGGGUUACCCAGGACAGAGGUACUAUGGUGGGACGGAGUUUGUAGACGAGCUGGAAAGGCUGUGCCAGAAGCGAGCCCUGCAGGCGUACCAGCUCGACCCCCAGAAGUGGGGCGUCAACGUCCAGCCCUACUCAGGGUCACCUGCAAACUUUGCGGUGUACACGGCCCUGGUGGAGCCCCACGGCAGGAUUAUGGGGCUGGACCUGCCCGACGGGGGCCACCUCACCCACGGGUUCAUGACAGACAAGAAGAAGAUCUCUGCCACCUCAGUCUUCUUUGAGUCCAUGCCCUACAAGGUCAACCCCAAGACUGGUUACAUUGACUACGACCGGCUGGAGGAGAAUGCCCGCCUCUUCCACCCCAAGCUGAUCAUAGCAGGUGUCAGCUGCUACUCACGCAACCUGGACUAUGCCCGCAUGCGGAAGAUCGCUGACGCCAACGGUGCCUAUCUCAUGGCUGACAUGGCACACAUCAGCGGGCUGGUGGCUGCUGGCGUAGUGCCUUCCCCCUUUGACCACUGCGACGUCGUCUCCACCACCACCCACAAGACCUUGCGGGGCUGCAGAGCUGGCAUGAUCUUCUACCGCAAAGGCACACGCAGUGUGGACCCCAAGACGGGCAAGGAAACACUCUACAACCUGGAGAACCUCAUCAACCAGGCGGUCUUCCCCGGGCUGCAGGGAGGCCCACACAACCACGCCAUUGCAGGGAUUGCUGUGGCACUGCAGCAGGCCAUGACGCCAGAGUUCAAGGCUUACCAGCAGCAGGUGGUUGCAAACUGCAAGGCACUGUCAGCAGCACUGAUGGAGCUGGGCUACGACAUCGUCACAGGGGGCUCUGACAACCACCUGAUUCUCCUGGACCUGCGCAGCAGAGGCACGGAUGGCGGCCGCGCCGAGCGGGUGCUGGAGAUCUGCUCCAUCGCCUGCAACAAGAACACAUGUCCCGGUGAUGUCAGUGCCCUGCGCCCCAGUGGCCUGCGGUUCGGGACGCCGGCUCUCACCUCCCGUGGCUUCCGGCAGGACGACUUCCGCAUGGUGGCUCAGUACAUCCACAGAGGGAUUGAGCUGACGCUACGCGUGCAGAAAGACAUGAGCCCCAAGGCCACGCUGAAGGAGUUCAAGGAGAAAUUGGAGGAGGAGAAAUACCGGGUGGAGCUGAAGGCACUGAAGGAAGAGGUGGAGGCCUUCGCAGCGACCUUCCCGCUGCCGGGGCUGCCUGUCCUGUAAGGGGAGGCACCCCUGCCCACUCCCAGAGCCACGGAAGCACCCAGGAUUGGGGCACACUCGCACCCCCAGCCUGAGACCAACACCCCAGUGCCUUCUCCCAGCACCUCCUUCCAGCACCUCCCUGCUGGCACUGGCUACGGUGCAGCAGCAGCUCCUUGUUUGGCUCUUCCUCACCUCUCUUCUACCAUUUGGGGCACAGGACGUCCCCGAGCACAGCACACACACCCCCCCCAGGGAAACCAGCCCUUUCACCACUCAGUCACAAUUGGGACCGAGCACCAGGUAACCCUCAGCCUCACAGCCAGGUUCGAUCCAGCUCUCGCUGGCUGUGGGAGCAGCAGAGGAGGAUUAGGCAGGCUUGCCCACCUUCACCCAGACACCCCUGCCCACAGCGGCCAGGGAGGACAUGGGGGUCCAUCUCUGCAGAAGCCCCCUCCCCGCGGCCAGGCGCUGUGCUCGGUACACAAAAGACUUCACAGCUGUCAAACCUCCCUGGUUUCAGCCUUGAGGUCUCCCUUUCAAGCUUACAAGCCUGCUUGCCUGGUGUGCCUUCCAGCCUCUGACAAGGCCAAGCCUUGUCCCAAGCCCACUGAGAACAGCCCUCCCAGGAUCACUAUGCCGUUCUAGCCAGCAUCUCCGGUAUCUUCUCAGACCUCUGAGCGCAAAGCUUACGUAGAACCAUUUUUUAAUAAGCACGGUAAAAUUAAGAAUUUAACCACAAUGUAUGACAAGAAUUAUAAGCUUUAAAAAAUACAACCAAUUUUUUUUUUUUGUAUUUCAAAAAUAUCUGAACCCAAAUAAAUAAUUUUUUUUAAAAGUACAUUUCUCAGACUAGUCAUUUGGUGUUAACAUCUGUUAAACUCUUGUGCAGUAACACUUACAGCACGACACUAAGACAUGCUUCUUGGAUUUCUCCCGGUCACACUCGCUCUAACUACUGACGCAAGCAUUCGGCACGCACAGGCACACACACGUAACUCAACAUGCAGUAAUAGGAUACAGUGCUUUAAAAUAGGAUGAGAAUUCAUCACAGCCUCCUCGCAGCCCUCGGCCCAGCCCCAUCCCCGUGCUGGCAGCGAGGCGGCCAGCGGGACCGGGUACCCUGUUUCUGCCUUCCAGUUAAAACGCGUCUCGGGGACUGGCAUGCGGUGGGGUUGUGACCCCUCCGCUAUCGGGGUACGGUCUGUUGCUCUGACAUUGUGCUACUGGGGCACAGCGCAGAGCAGGCACUCUCCUUCAGCCUGGGCAGCUCGCUGAAUUUCCCAUUGCCCCAUAUUAUUACCAGAGCCUUUUCAAAGCGCUGCUAAAGCCCCAGGUCCUGCCCAGCUCUGAGAUGCUGACUCCACAGUGUGGGCUGUCACCCACCACCAGACCAGGGGGCUCAGGGCCCCCCACACUCAGUGAAAACCAAAGAACUGGCCUGGGGGGAUGGAGCCAUUGGCUCUCACCCCUCAAGCGCCUCUCCCACCCUUUACAAAGUGGUGAAUAUUGCUAGAGUAUAGGCAGUACUUCCCUAGUCAAGGCAAGACAGCUUGGGAGCUGCUUAGAAGUGAUUGCUACUGGAUGAAAGUAAAUCCGAGCACUACUCUCUGAGAAAUGAAACCUGUGUAGGGUUAAUAUCACCUACUCCUAUGGCUGACCCUCCUUGGGGUGGGAGCUGAAAGCAGCGGGCUAGUGUAGUGUAGAGCAGGAGCUGGCAGUCUGUCUCCUGGCGCAGGAGUAAGAAACAGGAGCCCUGCCCUCCCGGCCAGGCAGCGGAUGGCCAGGGGAGACCUUUGCUCUGAUGAAUUCUCCAUCAGGCUUAAAACCUCCCCUCCCCGACAGCCAGCAGAGAGAGAGGAGUGACCAGAGCCGGCAGCGUGGGAGGCAGGGGCAUGCUGGCUGCACUCACAGGAAGCAGGCGAUGGCCAUGCACAGCACCACUGGCUCUGGCGGCUGGACGGUGGGUGCGGGAGGGCUGUUGAGUAUUGCACUGUGGCUGCGAGGAACCCGCCCUGCUCGUGGUGGAAGGAUGGCUGGACGGCAGCGUGCGGCGCUCAGGCAGUGCAAGCCGACGAACACGCGUGCCAAGAUUCAUCGCAGGAGCUGUUAGUGUGAAGAUCGUAACUUGUUAUAAGUCUGCUAAUAUCCGAAAUUAGUGAGGUAACACAGUGAAGAUGAGUAAAAAGUCUUAAAGUGCCAAUAUAGGGAUCAUUACUGUACAGGAGCAGAAGGCCAGGCAGAGAAGUUACUGAGCAAAGAGGAAUUCAGCUCCCGAGCCACCAGCUGCACUCAGACUGCCCCGAUUUCUGCCACCCUUACGGGCACCGCAAGCAGCGAGGGCAGGCUGGGCUCCGGCUGCACCAAGGUGCCACAGCCCGAUGUAACUCCCCCCUUUCCAGGAGUCCGAGCUCAGAGGUUACCCUGCUGUGAGUCAGCUUUAGGAGGACAAGUACUCCAAGGCGUGUUUCCCCACAGCUCCUGCUUAAGAGCAGAGUUGCAGAUAGUGCAGAGCUCCAGUUUUGAAACGGCUGAUAUCCCAGCAAAGCCCCCAGGGCAUCCUCCCAAAUCAGAGCUGCUUUAUGGCAGAGAGAUGAAGCAGGUCAGACAGGUGGUAGUGCAAGUAUUGCUCAACACAGCCUUGCAUAUCAGAUACUACAGGUUUGAUAGAGGGAGCAACGAGAAGUGAGUUAUUUAUCAAUUUAUGAGUGCAGCUGAACACCACAGGUAGAGACCACUGUGAUUAAGAGAUCAGCCAACACUAAUCAUCGAUCCCGCUCCUCGUUGUCAGCCUGGAGUAAGAUGUGAGUCAGUCAGCAGGAAAAAAGUCCAUCCCUCCCUCCUCAAACCCAAACAGCAGGAAACAAGCUCCCGCGCUGAGCUCUUCUCCAGGGCUGUGGGUCAGGCAGGAUGCAGGGAGCUUUGGUCUGCCCGGUGUCACCUGCAUUACUCAUUCACCAAGAUGCCUCUUCCCCCGAGGGAUCUUGCCUCAGCUUCAGUGCAGAAGCAGUUCAGGUGCACACGAAUCAACAGGGAGACACCUCAAGUUACUUCAGAAAGCAGGUGUUUUCGAUGGACAUGGAAGUCUUUCACCAGCAGACUCCGUUCACAUGUGACAGGGGGGCACAGACAGGAAAGGAAAAGGCCUUUAAAUGUGCUUUAAAGAUGCGCAGCCUCACGCACAGACACACCGCUCACCUUCAGCGAAGGCGACGCCACACUGCUUCCCAACUGUGAUCUAAAAACACCAUCACAAGCAACCCUGACCUUGGAAAUCCCUCUGGAGAGUACCACGGGCUCACCUUGUCUGGCUGAGCUGGCCUCACUGUAAGCCACCAGAAACAACACUAACAUUUAAAAGAGCCUUUCUGCCCUGUUGGUUUAUACCUCCCGCACUACCCCAGACUGCCCUUUCCAGGUGAGAGAAAGGGGUGGCAGCAGUACUGAAGUGCAGAUGCUGGUGCCAGACAACAGCGUCCCCCAGGAGCCUCCUUGCCUUCAGGACACAGCUUUCGGAGCAGUGCGGUUCUCACAGCAAGUUUCAGUGGGGUCUAAGCCACGCUUACGAACCCCAGUCUGUACACAGAAGCUUCCCCAGUAUGGAGGAACAUCACGUUCACCUCCAGCAUGGCCUCACACCAUCACAAUAAACAGAGGUUCAGAAAAAACCUCCAAACAACGCUUCAGCUAAUCUUGUAAGAUCUCAGCUGUUCUCACCCCAUAAUCAGAAAAGUGAUAAAAAGAAAUAAAACCAAGGCCAUCUUUCCUAGCAAGAAGUACCACAGGGGCUGCUGCCACCACAUGGCACUGGACAGAGCAAACUGGAGCCUGGACCAGUGGCCGAGGAGCAGCAUCUCCUACGAGACCAGAAGGAAGUGCUGUGCCCCGCCACAAAGCUUUCAGCACUGAAAGCAACAAUCUGUGAGUGUCACCACACCUUUAUGGCACAGGCAGUGGCGCAGAAGCUUCGAAAGGAAAGCCCUCAGCAUCCAGGCUCAGAGAGCAGCAGUUCUGCCCCGUCCAGAAUAACCCAGGAGCGCCCUGGGAGAGGUAGUCGAGACACGACAAAGGCUCAGCCAGAAGCAGCAUGCAGCAACGCUGACCCUGCUGUACUGCAAAGCACACAAGUUAACUAUUUGACAAAAAUAACAAACCAAAAACUACUACGGAUAUGAUGUGGAAUCCAGUACAUUCAUUCCCGAUCUGUCCUGAGCACUAGUCACCCACCAGCCAGGCAACCUGAUCUACCAGCUUGCUGUCUCACAGCAUGGCUUCAGCUGAAUUGCACUGUUUGUUUCCCCAUCACAAAAAGCACCUAAAAAUGGGGGUUCCCCCCACUCUGUUCAGUUCCCCUCUCUACCUAAAAGGCCACCCUCGACCUCACAUGCUUUAAGGAUUCCCGGUCUCCCUCCCACCCUUCUCGGAGGUUGCCCAGCAAACAGGAUGUGACAAAUUAUCAAGGCACAGCGCUCUACAUUCACAGCAGCGGGCACCUCAGUGCUCACCAGCGUUAAGGAGUCCUUCCACAUUCCAGAUUUUAACACGGCUGAGACAAACUGACAAACACCUUCUGGAGAGAAGCAUAUGUGCCUCCACCGCUCUCCCACCCGCUCAGGGACAACCUGUCCUGGGAAACACCAGGAAACUCAGAAAAACGCAUGAAGGGAAACCAUCCGCUACUGCUGCACACAGACAGGUAACUACAAGCUGCCACCCUGUCAGGGAGCUUCCAAGCUACUCUCACACGAGAUACUGGUGGAUUAAAAAACUUCACGUGGCCUUUACAUCUCCUCUCUGGUCUCUGCCCUGGCACCACAGAAGGGACCAACAGCAUUUAGGGCUCUGGCAGAAGCAUGCGGAGCACUGCAUUAUUUUGGGGGCUG